AUCCACGUGCGUCAACAAAUUUCCCUUCCCUCUUCUGUUACCAAGUAUCCAUCCACCACAAUACAGCAUCCAUUAGAAGAACAAAACUAAAAUCCGAUAAAUUAAGACGGCGCCCACCUCUACGACAAAUUCAUCUGCUAUAAAAUUCAAUUAACCUAAUUUUAGUUUAAUUGAUUCAUUAAUCAACUCGAUCUCUGUCUCGUUCUCUCUUUUGAUUUUUUGGUCUAAUAAACAAAUCAGAAAAGAGAUGCAAUCUGCUUCUGUUGUGAUUAAUCCAGCUUACUAUUGCUCUAGUAAGCUCCACCACCAAUCCCUAGAUUCUUCUGCUCCUUCUUCCAGCUCCUUUAGCUCCAGAAUCUCUCUCAAUCCGCGCGGCGGCCGUCACUUGCGGCGUAUCCCUUGCCGUUCUGUUAGGAUUCAGCCGCCCGGAUUUACACGGAGGAGGCUAGUUGUGAAGGCUGUUGCUACACCCGAUUCGGCACUUGAAUUGCCGUUAACUGCGGAGAACGUUGAGACUGUGUUGGAUGAAGUUAGACCAUAUCUUAUAGCAGAUGGAGGGAAUGUGGUAUUGCAUGAGAUUGAUGGAAAUGUUGUGCGGUUGAAGCUGCAAGGAGCAUGUGGGUCUUGUCCGAGUUCAGUUAUGACGAUGAAGAUGGGUAUUGAGCGUCGUUUGAUGGAGAAGAUCCCUGAAAUAGUUGCGGUGGAGCCGGUUACUGAUAAAGAAACUGGGCUUGAGCUGAAUGAAGAAAAUAUAGAAAAGGUUCUUGAAGAAAUUAGGCCAUAUCUUGUCGGGGCAGCUGGUGGAUCUCUUGAACUAGUGGCAAUCGAAGAGCCAAUUGUGAAAAUUAGAAUCACAGGUCCAGCAGCAGGGGUUAUGACUGUUCGAGUAGCUCUCACGCAAAAAUUACGAGAGAAAAUUCCAGACAUCGCUGCAGUCCAACUUCUGUAACUUCCUUGCCACUUGUUUAAUUUACCUAGUUACAUCCUUGAAUAAUGAGAAUGACAGUGAAGAGACUCGCCUAGUCCUUAUAAGUUGUAUUUUAUACAGUAUGUACAGAUGAGUUUAGCUUCAAUGCAAUUGAUGAAUGAUGAUAAUUCAGUUUAGAGGAAAUAUUAGUGGAAUGUAUAGCUAAAUUCUGCAUUAUUGCUUCUGUGCUAAAAUUUUGAUGUAACAUUAUUUCAUGAGAAAUAUUUAUUGUAUUA